AUGAAACUGCCCGUCAAGCUUGCAGAGAAGAGAUUCAAGCUAAUCCGUCAUAUAGCUAGCGGUGGCGAAGGCGAUGUAUACCUAGCCCGGGACUACAAAACCAACAGGGACGUAGCUGUAAAGCUUUCAAAAACUCAUCACUCGUACGAUCACGAGGUUGGGGGAUACGGUGGCCUAGCUGGAAUCUCCGGCAUCCCAGAGAUCUACUGGGCAGGGCAAGAUCGCAAGUAUUAUAUCAUGGCCAUCGAGCUCCUGGGACCCAGCCUGCGAGAUUUGUUUCACUACUGCACCGACAGAUUCACCCUGAAGACCGUGCUCUUGCUGGCAGAUCAGUUGAUCUGUCGGUUGAGGGGCCUCCAUUCUCGAAGCUAUGUCCAUCGGGAUGUUAAGCCAGAGAACUUGCUUAUGGGAACUAGGGGGAACAAGAAUACGGUUUUUCUGGCUGAUUUCGGUCUCCUAAGAAAGUAUGAUAACACACGGGGUGACUAUGAGGUUUUGAAACAAGAGACGUACCAUAGGUAUCAGUGUGGAAAACAUCCAGAGAAGGGUGUGCGUUUAGUUGGGACGGAGAUAUAUGCUAGUUGGCGGGCACAUUAUUCGACGCGUAUCGAGCAAAGGCCCCGCGAUGAUAUGGAAAGCCUGGGAUACGUGCUUAUUCGCUUCCUCAACGGCUGCCUUCCAUGGGAGACGAUCGAAGUGCCAAACAACACAAAGAGACAAAUUGCCAUGGCUAAGAUGAAGCGCGAUAUCAGUGUUAGUAUGCUUUGUAAAGACCUGCCAUCUGAGUUUGGAAGAUACUUUCGACAUCUUCGUAUGUCCGCGAGACCCGACCACGCAUAUCUGCAAGAAAACUUCCGGAAACUGUUUCUACGAAAAGGAUUUGAAAAUGAUCAGGAUUAUGAUUGGCACUGGAAAAAGGAGGAUGAUGAGCUUUUGAAUCAGUUGCGGCAGUAUGAGAGGGGAAGAGACAAGAGAAGAUACCUAAUGGGCGGUUAG